CAGGACUCCGAGAUGAUGUCACAACCAGAGUCAGAUCAGAUCCCUCCGGUUGACCACAAGUCUGCACCACUUGACCUGGUUGACACAGGAAAGGGUCUCAAGGUCCAAACAGCCACACCUCAUCUGGUUAGCCUGGGCAGUGGGAGACUAAGUGUUGCUAUUACCUUGCUGCCACUAAAAGAAGGUGUGACCCGCAUAGGGCGAGAAGAUGCCCCAACGCCUCAAGAUAUCGCCAUCCAGGGCCCUGGAAUCGAAGCGGAACACUGCCUAAUCUUCAAUGAAGGCGGUGUAGUAACCCUGGACCCUUGUGGUCACUUAUGCAGUCUGGAUGGAGUACAGGUCACCGUGCCCACACCACUCACGCAAGGUUAUUCCCUGUGUCUUGGCAAAUCCUACUUCUUCCGGUUCAACCAUCCUGAGGAGGCAAGCAGAAUGAAGAGCAUGCUUCCUCAAAAGAGCCCCGUUUCUGCCCUAGCCUACAAUACAGACUACCUGAAGUUUAGCAGCGAUUAUGGCCAUGCUGUGGUCGGGGGUACCAGCAGCACACGGGGCAUGCGCUCAGCCUCCGAGCUCCGGGAUUUAAUGGACACCCUACAGCGCAAGAAAAAAGCUCUGGAAAACAGCCUGAGAGCAAACGGGACGACCAACCCGUCGUACUUCAGUGUGACACAGUCUCCUCCUACCACACCCAUCACCUCUAUGUCCUCGGCCUCAUCGGCACAUCAUGAACAGGCAAGACGUUUCUAUGGCACGGAUCGUCCCCCUAUGUCACUGAAAUCUGUUUCCCCUGCGUCCCCGUCUCGACGUUCCGACCAUUCCUCUCUGCAGUCACGUUCCUCCAUCACUCGCAACCAGGACAACUUUUCCACCGGCGAGAGCCGACGUCUCAACAACACAGGCUCUUCUUCAUUAUUGUCAACAUGGAACGGCAGGGGCUCAUCCACCUCUGUAUCGGGCGGCGACAGCUCCCUCCUCUCACUUCCUCCUUCCUCGUCCUCAUCCCGCUCUCAAAUGAACGGCGGCGCCGUCAGCAUGCCUUCGAGCCCCCGUCUUGGACGACGAAGUUAUGGCAACCAAGAAGCUGUACAGAGCGGUCGAACGAGGAAAUACUCUGCCGGUUCUCUAAACGGGAUGAUGACGGGAAGCGGGCACAGCCGAUCGCUGCCUCGCCUUUGCCCGUCUCCGUCUCCUCGAGACAAUAACAACGGUGUUCUGACAUUGUCAACAGCUCACCCGCAACGCUCCGAUACUUACAAACUUAGCAAAGACAAUUACUACAACAACAACAACAGCGUAAAUACGAAUCUAGACCUCAACCACAACUCCAGCAACUCCAACCAACAGCUCUCGAACAGGAAUCAUACAAUCUAUAACACAACAAAAGGAGAGGGCGUCGUUUCUAUCUCACUUUCCUCCCUUAAGAUGCCCUCCUGUAAUGGCGUGGCUUCUCUCACGACAUCCCCACCUGACGUUACAAUCCCGUGCAAAACGGGAGGGUCCUCUUCCCCUCGCGUGGCCAAGAAACUCAGCCUGACUUCCACAAGCUCAGCGGGCUCCAUCAGCUCCUCGAUCACCAGCCCCUCUGAAAGAGAGCUUUCGAAAGCAUGGGUAGACCUGGAACCUACUAGCACUCUGGGCUUUGGACGUAAUGAGAGGAGGUCAUCAUUUGGAAAAGCAGGAGUCACCCCACCAGGUGGUUUUAGGGAAAGACGGGGGAGUAUCAGCUCACUCAGUGGGAAGGAGGAACUAAGUGACUACCAUCAUCAUCAAAAAGAGGAGCGUCUUCGUGAGCAGGAGGUGGAGAGACUGGAAAGACAGCGUCUCGAAACCAUCUUGUCCCUCUGCUCCAAGCUAGACCAGGAAGACGGUGGAUCAGAUAAAAAUCCAGCAUCUGCUGUGGCAGACCUUCAGAAGAUCAACCAGGAGCUUCAGAAGCUUCAGCUGAACGACGAUGAUGACGACGACGACACGCCCUCAGUUUUCUCCAGCAGCUCAAGAGGGAAUGGACUCAUCACAGAGAACGGGUAUUACGACGCAGAGCUACUGGUACGACAGAAGGGCAGCGGUGAUACUCGAGACAGCAGGGCGGAAUCGCCUGCUGUCAGUCUGCGCAGCUUUGCUUCAUCACCCUCGCCACAUACACAGAGGAUACGUGAGGCACACGAUGAUGCAGUCCACCGUUUCGGACAGGAAGCCCUACCCUCGGAGGAGGAAAUGAGGCGAGUGGAGGGGGAGAGGAUCCAGGUCCUAAACAACAUGGAGGAGCUGGAAAAAAAAAUUAAAGAGCUGGACAACCAGAUGGAGGAAUCCGCCCGAGAGGUGGAGGUAGAACAAGCUCUUGUUGAGGCAGAGCAAGCGUCCGAGAUAGCCGCACUCCAACAGGAAAAAGACGCUCUGGCUGCACUUCAAAACAAGAUAGCUGACAUGGAGACUAAAUCGCAGCAUGAAAAAGACAAGGCGUGCGAGUUGCUGCAGACAGAAAAGGGCAGAGUAGAGAGUUUGGCUCAGAUUGUGUAUGAGCAGCGCUCCCAGCUGGACAGCUGCCCUGAGGCCACCAAGGAGCCCCUGCAGGAGCAGCUAGCCAGGGACUGUGAGAUACUUGAGACGGAAACAAAGCGCUUUGAAGACCUGGAGUUCCAGCAGCUGGAGCGAGAGAGCAGGCAGGAUGAGGAAAAAGAGAUCCAAACACAACAGCUUCUCCGAGAGAUCGCAGAGUACCAUCGGAGCAGUGCGACCCGCGAGGAACGGCUGUUGACUCUCGAGAAGCAGGGUGAGGAGAUUACCCAGCAGGCUGAGCGAGAGAAGGAAAGCUUUCUGAAGGAGAGACGUAAACUUGAAGAGAUGCUACAAAGGGAGAAAGAAAACCUUGCCCCUCUUGAUCGAAAAUAUGCUGACCUAAGUGGUGGCCAAACUUACACAUUGAGAGAGGGCUAUGUCACAGUCAGUCAACUCAAUGAGCUAUACUCGCACUUUGGGGGGGACUUUAAAUAUGCCCCACUCAUCACCUCGACCAUUGCCUCCCCCGAGUCCGAAACGAUACUCUUUCCUGAUGACAUCGGAGAGGAUGAGGUGCGUGUAGCUUUACCUGAUUUGAUUGCUAUUCUCUUCCCAAAGCUUUGUCACUCUUCUUCCUCUUCCUCCUGCUCCCAUCUAAAUCCGCGCCCAUCCUCCAAAACCAUUUCUGUACACUGGCCAGAAAAUAUGGUGACAUAUCGAGAGCCUUCCCCUUUCCCCGAGUCUCCCCCACCCCCACUUCCCGUCAAAAAGAUCCACUACCGACACAGGCAGCAUUUCCGGUUGCUGGAGGAAAGGAAGCGAUCUGACAAAGAUGUCGGACCCCAUCUGAGUGACACGUUACCCAAAAAGAGAACGACACCCACCAUGAUGCCCCAGUUCUCAAGUGCAACACUUGGACGCAGUUUCCCAGUUAAGGCCCAUCCACCUUUAGUACAGAGCACAAGCUGUGGCAGCAUUCUUCCCAGAAUGCUCUCCUUAUCCAGCAGAGAAACAGAAAGCAGACGUCUGCAAAAAGGUCAGCCGAGCUCUCGAGCAUCAUCCCAGACCAACGUCUACCUCAAUGCUUUUGAGUACCGCGACAACCAGGCCUUUGACACAAUGAGUGUGGAUAGCACCGACUCCAUUGAAACCAGCAUCUCGGCAUGCUCUCCUGACAACAUCUCGAGCGCAAGCACUUCCAAUGUGGCCAAGCUCGAGGAGAUGGAACGUCUGCUGAGAGAAGCGCAGGCAGAAAAAAACAGGCUCCUUGAACACAAGGAGCGAGAGAUGGAAAUUCGCAAGCAGGCAUUGGAUGAGGAGAAAAGGAGGCGGGAGGAACUGGAGAAGAUGCUCCAGGAGGAGACCAGCAGGCGGCAGAAACUCAUUGAUCGUGAAGUGAAGUUACGAGAGAAACAGAGAGUACAGUCCCGACCACUCACACGGUACCUACCGGUGCGCAAGGACGAUUUUGACCUGCGGGCUCACAUUGAGUCGGCGGGUCACAGCGCAGACACGUGCUUCCACUUGUCCAUCUCCGAAAAGACAUGCAGAGGCUACCUUAUCAAGAUGGGAGGCAAGAUAAAGACCUGGAAGAAGCGCUGGUUCGUCUUCGAUCGCAAUCGGCGGACGCUUUCCUACUACUCAGACAAGCAUGAAGCCAAGCUGAAAGGCGUGAUCUACUUCCAAGCCAUAGAAGAGGUGUAUUACGACCACCUGAAAAAUGCACAUAAGAGCCCCAACCCCUCCCUUACUUUCAGUGUGAAGACUCACGACAGGGUCUACUACAUGGUGGCCCCUUCCCCCGAGGCCAUGAGAAUCUGGAUGGAUGUGAUCGUUACGGGUGCUGAAGGAUACACACAAUUCAUGUUGUAG